UAAGGUUCAGUUUGAAUUUUGAGACCAAUAAUUCUGGGUAUACUAGGGAAUAAUUUUGGAGAAUAUUGCACAAACAAACCAUGGUUAAGGCAAGAGGGACAUGUCACCCCUUUCAUCAUCGCCUUCUAUUUUAAAGCGUUGCUAUUGUCUUUCUCGGUGUAAUCAUCUGACUUUAUUUGUCUUCUUAAUUUCUUUGUCUUAAGAAAUUUCAGCUUCAACAAGAAAUGUCAUCUUUGUGAGUUUGGCUAGGCCAUCUUAAUCAAACUAUAUAUAUCUUCAAUCUCUUAGAACAAACUUUUGUUGGAGGAUCUUUCUGAAGGACUACUACACAAAUUAGCUUCUCUUCUUUCCCUUUUGUUGUUUUUCGCCAUCUACAUAAGAUUUUCUCAAUUAUCUUAUGUUUCUAUAAGUGGUGAAGACAAUUGAUAUGGGAACUAACCGGCAGCAGCAUGAAAUUUCAGAAGGAGGGUCUGAGGUUCAAUAUCAAGAGAUAGUAGAAAAUGAAGAGAAAGGUCCAACACACAGAUUAAUAACUGAGAGCUGCAAAUCAAACAGCAUGGUUGUAAAGAAACGGCAAACGUUGAUUCCUGCUCACAUCAUAGCUGAAGCCAUAUCAACUAUCCCUGAUCUUGACAUUAGAUGGUCAGGUCCAAUCACACCAAAAGAAAUGGAAUAUGUUGAACAAUAUGUGCUAGCAAAGUAUCCAGAAUAUUCAGGCGUCAUGGAAGGAGAUGGAAAUGGGAUAGACUUGUCUAGCUUUAUCAUCUAUGAGGAGCCAUCAGAACCCAUGAUGGAUGAUAGGGGCAAGUCACCAAGAGAGUCUUCUACAUAUUUGUUUGGCAGUAAUCUUCCUGAAAUGGAUAGGGCCAAGAUCCAGUUGGAGCCAUCAAGAUUACUUGACAUUCUCAACAAGAAAUCCUCAUUUCCUGGAAGUUUCAUCUCUAUCCCAGAAAUCCAAGCUCGUAAUAAGAUUCUGAAGCAUUAUGGGUUGCCUGAUGAAGAGUACCUUGUUCUCUUCACUCCAAGCUACAAGGAUGCUAUGAUGCUGGUGGGAGAAAGUUACCCUUUUCUUAAGGGAAACUACUACAUGACAAUUCUUGACCAGGAAGAAGACUAUAUCAGGGAAUUUGCUUCUUUUAAGGAGUCCAAGGUGAUCUCAGCACCCAAGACUUGGCUGGAUUUGAGGAUCAGCGGGUCUCAGCUGAGUCAAAACUUUAGGAGGAGGUGUAAGAUCAGCUCAAAAGGCUUAUUCUCUUACCCAGUUGAUGCAAAUGGAACAAUGCAUUGGAUUUCUGAGGCUCAUAGGAACAACUGGCAUGUUCUUCUUGAUGCAUCUGCUGUGGUAGUGGGAAAGGAUAGGCUGCAUCUUCUUGCACUUCACCGACCAGACUUUGUCAUCUGUUGUCCUGACAACACUCAUUCCAACCCUUCAAGAAUCACUUGCCUCAUAGUGAGAAAGAAAUCAUUUGAGAACUCAGCUGCUUCAUCUCAGGUAGUUGAGUGAGUGAUAAGAACGAGUACUUUCUUACGAUUUUAGAGCAACUAGCAAAUGGACAAAACUUCCAUGCAGAUUCUUAGUGUUUUUUCUCCUAUCAGAAUUGGAACUUCACCUUAAGUAAUUUAUAUCAAUCUUUAUGCAGAAAAACUAAGGUGAACCUCCAAUUCUGAUUGAAGGAACCAUUUAAUAAACUGCGUUAGUUUUGUCUCAGCAAAAUUGGGUAUCAUUGACUCUCAAAAGUCAUGAAUUUUCCGGGAGUACUUUUGUAGAUUGAAUAAAUGAAAAUAGGCAUAUGUAUAAGACCACUUAUUACUGGUAGGAAGGAUUAAGCAUUCCUAAUCUUUUGGUCUGUUUGUAACUUAAAAAAAGCUAUAUAAUUAAUUAUCUUAGUUUGGUAUGUUAUUUCUGCCAAACCCAUUUCUUCAA